GAACUACAAUACCCACAACUCUAAACUACACGACCGAGAUGUCCAGUCACAUGACGAAGUGUCACGUGCUGCUGCCAAACAGUCAGACGCUCAGUCACUUUGAGGCUGUUUGACGCUGAAGAUUACUGACCAUCAUACUGAUACUGGUGAUAACUUUGAGAAAACAUCAGCUGCCUCCUGACUCCAGUGGAACUUAAGAAACUGGACAUUUCUGAUCAGCAUUUCCUCCACGUGGAUCCAGAGAGGUGGGGACACAUUUUUUGGGGAGUGUAAGGCUUGGCAGGCCAAGCUACAGCCCGUUAACUCAUGGCGAUUAACACAGACGUUGAUGACUGGGGUGGCGUUGGCAGUAAUGACUCUGGAGAAAGGGCCUGGCUCUUGCAGAGCCCCAGCGUGGAUUCUGUCCGGCAUCCUGAGAUGGACAGCAGGGGGAGCGGAGGCGUGUCGUCUUGGGCAGCGGUCUUCAUCGUAGUGAACGCAGCACUGGGAGCAGGUUUACUCAAUUUCCCUGCAGCCUUCAAUAUGGCAGGAGGAGUGACUGCAGGACUUGCGCUUCAAAUGUUUAUGCUGAUCUUUAUAAUCAGUGGAUUGGUGAUCCUGGGAUACUGCUCGCAGGUCAGUAAUGAAAGCACCUAUCAGGAGGUUGUCCGAGCUACUUGUGGGAAAGUCACAGGAAUCCUAUGUGAAGUAGCCAUUGCCGUCUACACCUUUGGGACUUGUAUUGCUUUCUUUAUCGUCAUUGGAGACCAGCUGGAUCGCUUGGUGGCGGCAGUGGCUCAUGACAAAGAUGGUACCGUCAGUGGCUACUGGUACACUGACCGCAAAUUUACCAUCUCGGUAACUGCAGUCCUGAUUAUUCUUCCUCUCUCCAUCCCCAAAGAGAUUGGCUUUCAGAAAUAUGCCAGUGCACUGAGUGUGAUGGGAACCUGGUAUGUGACCAUCGUAGUCAUCAUAAAGUACAUCUGGCCGGAUAAAGAUAUGACUCCAGGCUACAUUCCCACCAGUGCUACUUCCUGGACUGCAGUCUUCAAUGCAAUGCCCACCAUAUGCUUCGGUUUCCAGUGCCACGUCAGCUGUGUGCCGGUGUUCAACAGCAUGAGCAGGAAGGAGAUCAAACCGUGGGGAGUUGUGGUCACUUUCAGCAUGAUAAUCUGCCUGUUCGUAUACACAGGAACAGGUGUCUGUGGCUUCCUGACGUUUGGCUCCAACGUCAGUCAGGAUGUGUUGAUGUCCUACCCUUCUGAUGAUAUUGCUGUGGCCAUCGCGAGAGCUUUUAUCGUCAUCUGUGUCAUCACCUCGUACCCCAUUUUACACUUCUGUGGCAGGGCAGUUAUAGAAGGACUUUGGCUGCGUUUCCAAGGCGAGCAGGUGGAGGUGUGUGUGCGUCGUGAGCAGAGGAGGAGGAUCGUGCAGACGCUGGUGUGGUUUGUUGUCACCCUCGUCCUCGCCCUCUUCAUCCCUGAUAUUGGUCGGGUGAUCUCGCUGAUCGGAGGAUUGGCAGCCUGCUUUAUCUUUGUCUUCCCAGGUUUGUGUUUGAUGCAAGCAAAGCUGUCCGAGACAGACAGCCGAACUACAAGCUGGCAUGGAUUGGUGGUCUUCGGUGUUGUCAUGGUUACAAUUGGGAUGUUCAUCUUUGGCCUCACCACGACCAACUCCAUCUAUCAAGACGUCGUCAGCUAAGAGGAGCCGUCUUAUCGGAGGCAGCUGUGUUUGGGGGGGGGGGGGGGGGGGUCCUGUGCUGCUAUUUCUGCACUACGAUGGAGAAACAUCUCGUGACUCAUUUAAAAAGAAUUCUCUCACCUUCCUGCUCCAUCCCGAGUUAAAGCUCCACAGAACUUUACUCAAUCAGGACAGUCAGAGACGCCUCGCAAUGCCAAAUGACAACAGACACUUUUUAUUUUAUGUAUAGUUUAAAUUGCAUGUUUUUAUGAUGGUUGAAAAUCGUAUGUGACGGUUUGGUGGCACCCUGUACGGGCGACACCGUCCUGGUCCUGUUUACAAGAGCUGAAGGACUUUGUACAGAAAGGUCUUACAAUCAAAUUGAUUUUAAUAAUGAAAUUGUACCAAUUUAUGCAUUUUAACUUGCAUGUCAAAGUAAAUGUUUCUUAUUGAAAUUGACAUGCUGUGGUUUCCCGCACUAAUCCAGGUCUAGACUUUAUGUUGCUGCUGCUGGUCCACAAUUAAAAAAAAGAAAAUUGAGUCUCUUCUCCAAUAAAGGCUUCGAGUGAUGCGUUGGCUCACACUAGAAAACAAACAUUAAUGAGUGAUAACUGCAGGGACGGGACAGUUCAGGUCUUUUCAUUUAUUUCCAAUCAGUACCUCUAAAUGAGUUGAAAGUGAGGUUUUCAACUAUUUGGGCAAAGGAAACCAAUGGUAUUACAUUUUAAAAUAAAUUAAGGAAGAAUUAGUUGAGGUUUAGUUUUCUUAUAUUUUAGAAAUACUAUGAUUUUCUAAUUCGCUUUGAGGUGAAAUUACAAAAUGUUCAUGUAAGCCUGCAGGCCUUUAAGAAGAGUACUUUAAUAUGCAAACCGUUAGCUGCCCGCAGCAGUGUGCAGGAUGUCCUCCCCAUUAGGAUAUGAACACCCACUCUUCAUAAGUGCUGGUUCCCCACAGAGUGGCUUUACAAAGUGCACCGUCUUUAUGAAUGUAUGCAAAUAUUGGAUGUAACUUACACAGAAUUCAGUUUGUACAUCAUUUACAGAAAAUAGUUGGACUCAGGCUAGACAGCUUGAUUGCGCAACGUAUUUACUUGAAUCAGCUCAAGAAUGAGAAGAAACCAUUUUACUGUUAUUAAAGAUUCAUAACAAUUUAGAUAAUUGUGUUGCAUUGAAAACUUGUUCAAGAAAUUAGUUUUUCACCCAAGCUGCAAAUGACAAAUCUGGAAAAUGUUCAAAUUGAGUGGAUUUAAUACCCAGCUAAUAAUCUUGGGUAUGUUAAGCAUUUAAUAAUUCAUGUGAUACCCAGCAAUAAAAAAAAAAAAGUUAAACGGGAUAUUUCCCCCCAGCACAGCAAUUGCAUUAUCACAUUGUCGUCUAAAUACAUAAUACUUUAAAGGAAGCAGCUACAGUCCAAACACUAAUGCCGUCUGACCAGUAGAAAAACUAAUGUCUUGAAAUAAUUUAAUCACAUACAAAUUGUUUUUAUGGUUUGGUGUUGAACGAUGUGUCAAAAGUUCUCACUCUUUAGGUGCUGUAGACAAGUUUCUUGAGUGAAUGUCAGGUGAAUUUAUGACUUCCAUUACUGAUCUACUGUUUUCAGGCUAAGGAUGCACUUUUGUUCAAGACAUUUGUUAAUGAGAAAUCAUGUGUCCCCGUUGUCUUACAGAAAGUUGAUUUACAAACAUUUGAAACAAGUUCAUGGAUGGUUUAAUAGAAAUACCUGUGAUAUUCCAAUAAAUUGACUAAAAUCAA